ACCGUGCCAACUUUCGAGGUUCGUCGACAAGUCGAUAAACUGGAAGUCCUUGUUUACUAUACAUAUGUUGUUUACAAACGUUCACUCAAAUUGACAGUCUUACGUACAUCGUAUUUAUAGUCUCCAAAUCUGGAAAAGAAAUGAUACACGCCAGACCAUGCAAUUUUCUAGGCUCUCCGUGUACUGGAACAACUAUGAAAAUUGCAGCUUAAAUGUAUAUUGAAAAAUGAUUUGGAAAACCUCCACAAUAAGCCCUGAUAACGAAAACCGUCGACUUCAUAACCUAGAGGAUUCAUAAUCUGCUAUGCGAUGGCAUUUUCAUUCAGAGCUGGUACGAAUUGGUGUCAUGAUUUUCCAAAACUUGCCAGAGAAUCUGGGUUUUGCUUCAAUGUACAUAGAACACGAGUGAGAGUCGACUGGAACCGCAUUGGUUCUAUUGAUAUUGACCGAGUGAUCAGAGAACGAGACUUUCUAACUGUUGAUGACAAUGUAAAUAAUGUUGUAGAUUAUUCACUCGAAAGUGAAUAUGACGUUAAAAUCUUAGAUCCCAAUUUUGUCAAGCUAUUUCGUCUAGCACAGUUAUCAGUGGAAUAUCUGCUCUAUUGCAAACAGUAUCUAGAUCACAGUGUAAUUAUUUUGAAAGAUGAAUUGCGAUCAAAACUUGAAGAAAAUACUUUGAUGAAAAAAGAAAUCAAAGUAUUAACAGAGACGAUAAAGGAUCUAAAAGAUAAAAUGCGGGACAGAAAUAAAAUGAUUGAAUCAAAACUGUGUGAUUCCAAUGGUGAACUCUUUAAGUGUCCACAUUGUGUGAAAACUUUCAUAGCCGCACCAUUUGUUAGUGCACAUAUUACUCGACGUCAUGCUCAUCUAUCCGAUCUAUACAUGUCUGCCUCAUCGCCUGCCCAUGAACAAUAUCGCGCAGAGACCGAGAAACUACACAAUGAAAUAAAAACUUUAAAAGAAAGGCUAAAUCAAACUGAACGAAUCAUAAGACAUGAAUCGGAUAGAGUAAUGGAAUGUGGUAAAACUGAUACUAGUUCUAAACCGGAUACAUACGAGAAAGGUGAAUAUACAAACGACAAAGACCGAGAAGAGAGAUUGAAGGAACAACAGAGAAAAUAUCAAGAUGAAAUAGCGAGCUUGAAAAACAUGCUGUUUAUUGAAAUUAGGAACUUGAAACAGAAAGAGUCAAGUAUAAGUCCCAUUCGUCAGGUCGAGAAUGAGAUGAAUGAUAUCAAUCUCAAGGAGUUGAUAAAAAAACAAGAACAGGAAAUUCACACAUUAAGAGAUCAAUUACGAGAAAAGUUAACUCCAGACUUGAGAAACGUGCAAGAAAAACUGCAAAUUCAAGAACAACAUUGGUUAGCUGUGAACGACCGUCUCGAAAGGCAGCAUAAUUUGGAUACCGAAAAUUUAUCCACCCAGUUGAAAAUAAGUCAAGACGCAGCUAGGGAAAUGAAAGAACUCUAUGAAUCAAAAGUAAGUGAAUUAGAAAUGCAUUCGAAAAGCCAAGCAAAAAUGUUGGAAGCUCAGGGCUCGCAUCUUGAGCAAUUGACACGUAAUCUCUGGGAAUCUAGAGAAAUCGGUAGCACAAGUAUUAAUGUGUCAAGGAACGAUUUACAAGAUGGAUCAUCCAGUCAUGAUAUGAUUCGGAAAGUACAAAGCUUCAAAGAAAUAAAGAGUGACGCCAAAGUAAAAAUGAAUAGUAAAUACAGAGAAGACCUAGUCUGUGAAGAAAUAGGCAGCCUAUCUAGUCAUGAUUCACAAAAAAUAUUGUCGUCUCCAAAACCAAAGACAAAGUAUUCCAUGGGAAGUGGAGAUUGUAUGGCCAUGCCAUCAUUAAAUCGGAAUUUAGAAUCAAGUGAAGAUACCGAAAGCAUUAGAAAUAAUGACUUGCAUCGUACUUCAGCCGUGAAUUUUAAGAAACACCGGCGUGAGAAAAAACAAGAUACUAGAAGGGAUAACAGAACUUUAAUAGAGAAUUUGAAUGCGGAAGAUUUUCCAUCUAUCGAUAGAGAUAAGAAAAGUCACACAAACCCUUCAAAAAAUAGUUAUCGAAAAGAUAUUGUUGAUAAAGUCAAAACAAGUACGGAAAACCAAACACAGGCAAGCUGGAAACAUCGACCUAAUUCAAGUGUGCGACAUUUAGUGUCCUCGAAACCUGUGUUUGGCAAUAAAAAGUCCAAUCAAAAUUCCAAAAAUUCGAUUCGAGACGUGAAAUCCAUACAAAACGUUCCGCCAGACAGAGCAAAGCCGCAUGAAAGUCAUUCGGAGGUAAAAUUGACUUCUGAAUUAAAUACGCCACCACGGCCCAUGGAAAAGUCUGAGAAUACUGAAGCUACUGACGGUGAAACAGAGACUGAAUCUGAAUCUGAAGAUUCAGAAUCCGAUUCCCGGAGUGCAUCUGAAAAUGACGACUCGCAAUCCUUGAAAAGAAGCACCCAGCAUGCUGAAAAUCGAAAUUUAAAGCAGAGUUUGAAAGAUCUGUUAGAUACGAAUUCAGCAGUUCUUCAAGAAUUGAACGAACACUUGAGAGAAGUGUUUGAUAAUAAGCUGAAGGAUUUGGGUAUUGAUCCAGAGUGGAAUGGUGUACCCUAUGCAACUUUUGAACAGAAAAUGGAAACAGUGGCGCAUCAUCAGAAGAUUAACUCAAAGAAAAUAAAUGGUUACAAUCGUAUUCGGCAAAAGAUUCUCAAAGAUAUAUCCCACGUAUUCGUCAAAAGACGAGCUGAACCCCGUGACUUAUUGUUGGAAAAGUUAUCUCCAUUAGACAGAAUUAUGAACAAAGUCAAACAUAAAACCGCAAAUGUUCUUAAACAAAAGAGUUUUGAACUACGAACACCCAUCUUGAAGUCACAGGUAACGACACCACGUGACAGAGUUGCCAGACCAAUGUCUAAUUUGGAGAUACUUCCAAAAAAAAUGAGACAAUCUGAAAUCCAUAUUAUAGCCAGUGAAAACUCUAGCAACCUACAAAACAAAGAAACUGAAAUUCAAACUAAGAUCAGACCGAUUUCUGUAAAAAAUGUAGAACACCAGAAUGAUAUAAGCUCAGAAAUAUUUAGUCAUAAGCAGAGUAACCGAGUGGUAGAUCGUAAGGAACUCUUGAAUGAACUAGACAGCAGUACUAGUGUAGAUAAUUUCUCACAGUCGCAUGAUAAGAUUGAAUAUUUUUCAAAAAGUAACGUUAUACCAAGAACUGAAAAAAUUACAUCACUCAGUGAAGGUAUAAAGUUAACGUCUACCCCGAUUAAGUCGGUGGAUUACUCAAUGGAGCAUUCGUACUCGUCUAUUGAGGAGGAAUCUGAUAAAGACUGGACCAAUCGAGAAAAAGCCUCUAGUUUACCAGCGUCUCCUAAGAAUAAUAAAAGUGUUCUAAAAUCAGCAACAGGUUCAGUGGGAAGCUUAGUAAAAAAGAAAGUUCUCUUUGAUCUAGAACAAAGUUUAGACAACAGUGGGAAAAGUUUAAGCCAAUUUCCCAUGCAAGAGCAACCUCCCAAACAACUAUUCCCAGAAUACGAUAUUGACAAUAAAGCAGCUAAUGAAGAUGAAUGGAAUAUUUCCAAUAUGUCUGAUGAUGAUUUGAAUCCACAAAAGGAGAAAACACCGAGCCUGGAUAAUAUUAAAUUGAAAACAUCGCAGAGUAACGGGAUUGCAAGAAUUUCACAAAAAAUACAAGAUCAGUUGAGUAUUGCACGGCAAAAGCCUGUGGGUGCUGUAGAAGCAAUGUUUCUGGCCAAACCGAAAUUGAAGGAAAUUAAUAAAGAUAACGCGCAAUACAGGAGUUCAACAAGUAUUGCCAGUUCCAUACUCGAAAGUCCAAAGAAACCAUUAACUCAUGAACAGUAUGUGGAAAGGAAUAAACUUCCGCAACCGGCACCUAGAACACUUAGAAACGAUGAGUCUGAUAUAGAAUCCGAUAUCGAAGAGUUGCUGCAGAUGGGUUGAAACACGCGUCUCAAAAAGUAUUCGGUUAAUAUAAAUAGGAUAGUUUAAUUCAUUAUUUGGAAGUUGUACGUUAACUUAUCGGCUUCAGAACUAUAUGUAUAAGCAAAUCCAGAAUUUUUGUCUGGUAUUGUCGUGACUGUUUCGUACUUUGCGUUCAUCUGAAAAUGACAUAGUCUAUUCACUAAACGUUGCCACUCCUACAAUUAAUAGCCAAUCGUAGUCAUGCUCUAUUUAUUUUUACAUCUAGUUUUUUAAACAGUUCGUUUAUUCACAAGUAAUCAAUUGAGUAAUCUUGCCUCGUGAUUACCCAUUUUGAGUACCUUAUCUGAAAAUAACUGAAAGUACAGUUAACAUUUUUUGUCUCUAGUCCUUUUAAUAUUUAGAAAUAAUUAAUAUCAUGAAUAUUGCUUAUUGAUCAUUUGAAUAAGAUUGCUGCCCAAUUUUAAACUAUAAAUAAAAUACCGCGGUUCCAACGAUGUCGCUGCAUAUGGUUGACAUGUGUUUCAACAUGGCUACCAAGAGUCGAAUGCAACUUUUUGGCACUGUUAUUUAUUUACCCGAUGAAUGGUUCUAUAAUUAAUUAUUAUUAAUCAUCGGAAAUAUGACACUCUAACAAACAUUGUGUUUUUCAAAGACCUGAUAUGUUACAUCUCGUGAUUUUAUGUUCAAUAUUGGGCUGUACACAGCGUCUGUGAUGUACAAUGACAUAAUGUGACAGCCCUUCCAAUGAAUAAACAUAUAAUUUAUUCAUG